GUAUGAUCAGAGGAGACAUGGGAACCGAGAACGGGCGUGUGGCGAUGAUGCAAGAGUUCUUGUCGGAGCAGAAUAGCUUCAUAUAUGGGAAAAGUACUCACAAUCAGCGGAUAGAGGCUUUUUGGUGUAUGCUGCGUAAAGAAUGCACACAAUUUUGGAUUGAUGCUCUGAAGACAUUGAAGGAUGUUGGCGAUUUCACAGGAGACUCUCUAGACACAGGUCUUGUCCAAUUCUGCUUUAUGAGUUUGGUCCAGAAUGAUCUUGAUAGGAUGUCGUCUGUCUGGAACUGCCAUCGCAUACGACGUUCAAAGAAUCAGAACGUUCCCAACGGAAGACCUGUAGUUCUCUUCUCCAUGCCAGAAUUGUUUGGCCGACGUGACUACUUGAAGCCAGUUGACCAGGAACAUAUCGAAGCCUGCUGCACCGAGUGUACCUUCAGGGAUGGCCUUCCGUGUGACGAGGAGUUAUUUGAACUCUUCAUUAUUUACAUGACUGAACAUUCUUUGGAACAUCCUGGCAAUGUAGAGCAGGCACUGCAGCUAUACCACGCGCUGCGUGAUGCCAUUCGACAGGAUCUGGAACAGUAAUAUAUAGACCUAUAUAGUUUCUCACAAUACUGUCAGUGUCGGUGAUACCUGCUGCCCAGAAACGACUUGUGGAUCAGUAAUGAGAUGAAUUAUUGAUGUUAUAUGAAAACCUCCAAUUUGUAAAAAAGAAGCACAUGUCACGAAGUAGACAUCAAUUACAAAAAGGCCAUUAAUGAACCUCUUAAAGUUGAAAUUGGUGUACUAAGUUGUCAGUUUUCUGAAAUCAAGUACAUGGAAUUAUUGAAGUAAUUGAGUAGGAUAAACAGCCAACGUCAAGGAUAAACAGCCAACGUCAAAAAAAAAUAGCCGAUAUCCCACUCAGCCCAGCCAGACGUUAUUAAAAUAUCAAGCAACAGGUUUGGGUGUGUUGGUGGGGGUGAGGGAC